CUCCCUGCUGCCUUCCCCUUCCCGUUCCGCACUGCUGACUGCCGGGACUUGUAGUCCCCCGGCACGGCACCGCAACCCGACCUCGACCGGCACGGCACCGCAACCGGACCGCAGCUGGACCGGCACACACGCACCAGCUGCUUGCUGCAGGACCCUCCAGUGUGCUGCUGCUGGGCAAUGGAGAAGGACCCUGCACUGCGGCUCCGUGUCUUUGACCUCAACUGCUGGGCCAUCCGUUACCUGAGCAAGCGGCGGCAGGAGCGCAUCCGCCUCAUCGGAGACCGGCUGUGCCAGGAGGGCUUCGACCUUGUCCUGCUGCAGGAGAUAUGGAGUGAGCGUGACUACAGUGACCUGAAGGCAAAGCUGGGUGUUUGCUGCCCCUUCUCCCAUUAUUUCCGAAGUGGUGUCAUCGGCAGCGGCCUCUGCGUCUUCUCCAAGUUCCCCAUCCUGGACACACUGCUCUACCAGUACUCGCUCAAUGGAUACCCCUAUAUGCUGCACCAUGGAGACUGGUUCUGCGGCAAGUCUGUGGGUCUCGUCGUUGUCAGGAUUGCCGAGAUCACCUUCAACAUCUAUGUCACCCACCUGCAUGCUGAGUACAGCCGGGAGAAGGACGCCUACCUGCCCCACCGCGUGGUGCAAGCCUGGGAACUGGCACAGUUCAUUCGCCACACGGCGAAGGCAGCUGAUGUAGUGCUGCUGGGGGGAGACCUCAACAUGCACCCUGGAGACGUGGGCAUCCGGCUUCUGCGUGGCUGGACGGGACUGCAGGAUGCCUUCACCGAGGCCAAGCACUUUGAGGGCUGUGAGGACGGCUGCACUCUCAUUCCAAAUAAUUGCUUCGCUGUCAAGUCAGAGCUACAGCCCUUCCCAUUGGGCAUCCGCAUCGACUACAUCCUCUACAAGGCUAUUUCCAGCUUCACAGUGAAGUGUGAAGAGCUGAGGACCACCAUGGGAACAGUCCCAGGAAUGGACAUCCCUUACUCAGACCAUGAGGCUGUGAUGGCAGUGCUGUGCAUCCAAAGGAGGGGACAGACAGCGGGUGUCACCAUUGGCACAGCCAUGCCAGCAUUGGUGGAGGUGCUGAGUGAGGCACGGACGGAGGUGUGCAUGGGGCUGCUGACAGCACAGCGGCAGCGUUAUUCCUCGGGCAGGAUGGCAGUGCUGGCCAUGCUGCUGCUGCUGCUACAGGCAGUGGGAGUGCUGGGUGUGCUGGGAGGGCUGGCGGCUGGGAAGCCCUUCCCUAUUCUUUCCUUCUCCCUGCUGGCCUUCCUUGCCCUUGCUACCUUCCUCCUUGCUGCUGGCCUCCACCUCUUCCACAGCAUCGAGGUGAAGAUGCUGCAGGGCACCAAGGAGCAGAUGGAGAUGGCGACGCAGGGGCUGCAGGAACAGCCCCUCCCCUGCCACUGACCCAGCCCCAUCCUGACCCCUUUUUUAGCUGAAGAAAAUAAAAGAGGUGUUUUAACCCUU